GCGAGAAGGAACAGUUGUAGUUCCGGUUGAACUGCAAUGAGUUUCCGCGCCUUUUUUGUUUUCAGUCAUUUUUUUUUUCUUCGCGACAACAUAGGUGGAAAGUACUGUAAGGCGUUCAAAAGAAGUAACGUACCUGUGUAUUCAUAUACGUUUCGAAACUGCAGGAUUUAUUGUAGACCCUACGAAUAACUAUAAAGAGGAAGAUGUUACUGCCGUCCGAUAUUGCGCGGCUUGUUUUGGGUUACUUACAGCAAGAAAAACUUAUGAACACUUGUCGAGCUUUUAUUUUGGAAAGCCCAAAUCUGAAGGAGUAUGCUGAACAUAGCACUGAGGAUGGGAGCAUUCCUGCUUGUGUUUUUUCACUGUUUGGCAAAACUUUGACGGCAAUAUUAAAUGAAUACAUCAUCAUAAAAGCAAAAGAUUCAAGUCAGGAAAUACAGGUUCCAGUCAUCAUGGCAUCUUUAUGGAAAAAGCUGGAGUUUACUCUUAAUCAAAUUAAGAGUAUGCAGAACUCGCAAAGUUUCGUGGCUAAUCAGAAAAUUCGAACAAGGAAUGCUAUAGCUGAAAUGAGGAGACAGCAGGUGCGAUCUUCCUCUCAGCCUACACAGUGUCCUAUGGUAAUUUUGGGGUCUUCAGAUCUUGGGCAGAAUGCAACUACAUCACUGUCAUCUUCAUCAAGAAUACUUGGAAAUUCAUCUCUGGUGACAUAUGGCUCUCCUGUGUCCCAAACAGUCAACUAUGAUAGAAAUCAGGCUAUUAAUCAGGACCAUGGCAGACCUGUGGCAAAUAUUAAUAGAGAGUCUCCCUUACAAGUUGUUGUAGCUGAUAGAAGGUUUUCUUCUGGAUUAUUGUCCCCAGGAAGGAGAAAAUGUGAAUCUCCAAGGAGAAGAAACACAGUUUUGGCUGGACCAAACAUACCUCCUAAGAUUACACCGAGCAGUGUUGUUCAGUUAACAGAGCAAGAAGUUGAUACAGUCCAGGAGAUUAUUGGUGAAAACUUUCCACAAAUGGUUAUUGAAAAUGCAAGAGAGAAGAUACUAAGUGACAAAUCAUUGCAGGAAAAACUUGCAGAAAAUAUAAAUAUGUUUUUGGGAAGUGAGACAAAUAUUCAGCAGAUUUCAAAGCAGUCUACAAGCAGUGCUUUAGUUCCUGAUCAGUCUAUUGAUGAAAUCCUAGGACUUCAGGGAGAGAUCCACAUGACUGAUGAGGCAAUACAUGAUAUUCUGGAAAGGACAGAAUCUGAUCCUGCUUUUCAGGCAUUGUUUGACUUGUUUGAUAAUGGAAAGAGUAAAAACAGUGAUGAUGAUUCUCAAGAGCAGUCUAAUGUGACCUGCCAGGAUAACAUGGUACCUUUGGACAGCACUGAAAGAAGUAAAGAGCCCUUAGAAAAUACUUCUGAAGCUAGAGGUCAAGGAACAAGUAUUGAAAAUAAAGGGCUUGAAAUGGACAACACAUUAUCCAAAACAAAAGCUAUUCAAGAAAAUAAAAGCAGGAAAUCAGGCAGAAAAUCUUCAAAUUUGCUUCCUGUUGUCUCCAAGGAGCUAAAAUGCCCUGAUGAAUCAGAUGAAUAUUUGCCUUCUGAUAAAUUCACAUCCUCAGAUAAAGAUGGCACUUUUGGUAGCUUAUGUGCUACCAGCAGUGAGAAAGAGGCCUUGCUGUCCACAAUUUCUGUACAAAUAAAUGAAAGUCUUAACACAAGUCUUUCCACAGUCGAUAAAGAAGUAUCAAGUACAUUGAAUGUACAAAAUGAAUGUGAGAUGGAGACUGAUCAGCCAGCUCUGGAUCCGUGCCAAUUGGAGGAACUGCCACCUGAUACAGUACAGGAUUCAGGUACUCUGACUGCCAAUAUAAAGUCACCAAAUAAAAAAUUAGACACUGCUGUUGCUACAGAAACAAGUAUUCAACUGUCCCAGUGUGAUACUACACAGGGUUCUGUUUAUGUAGACCCUAAAGAGUCUAAUGAGCAGAGAACAGAAACUGCUGACAGCACACAAAAAGCUAUAGAAAAUUGCCAGCAACCAGAAAUAAUAAUACAGCAGUUUCAAGGAUUUCAGAUAAGUAACUGCUUAUUGACAACUCUACAGCCCAGUUCAACCAUAGAAACUCAUAAAACUCCAAGUGAUGUAGUAGCUAAAAAUAUCAUGUCUCCUCCAGCUGUUAAGCAGAAAAGAAAACCUGCAAUCUUGCGUCGAGGAGGUAGCAGCCCAUCUUCUCUUAAAGGAACUCCCAACAAAAAAACAUCUGCAGAUUCAAGUUCAGAGGCAGAAAGUAGCAAAACAGAAUGUAUGCCAAACUCAGUUGAAACAGUAUACCCUACAUCUUUUGAAAGUUCUACGACAUUGAAUACUGCUCUCCAACUUCCUGCUGGGCUUACUUGGUUGCACAAAGAUGGUACCAGUAGUUCAAGUGAACCAGGGUUUGACAGCAAUAUUGUUUCACUAAAAAUUAUAAUUAGCGAUGAACAGAAGGAUUCUUCAAGUGAUUCUGAAUUGAGCCAUGCAGUUUCUAGCAUUACAGAGGAUCGUAUACCCACUAUUAUUUUAUCAUCACCAGCUAAAUCACCUGAAAAGGCUAGUCUUGCUGUCAGUUCAGACAUGAACUCAGAUGAAACUGUUCUGGCUGUCACCUGCCUGCAAAAUGAAGAGAAUGCAUCUACCUUGGAGAGCAGUUCACAAAUGGCAAAGUCGGAUGAUCAUAUUUUAGGCAUUCAAACUCUAAAUGUUGAUAACAGUGUUCAGUUGUCUUUGCCUAGUUCUGCAGAUGUUGUUCAAGAAGGAGGAUUUAUUCAGUUAUUGCCUACCUCUACCACAUAUGGAGGUUCAAGUAACUACAUAAUUGUAGCUAAUCAAGCUACUAUAGGCAAUAGUGUAAAGCAAACCCAUCCAAUUGGGCAAGUUACUCCUGCACCUCACAACCUGAACAGUCCCUUGGGAUCCAGGUCAAUAGUUUCUGUUGGCCAGACAGUACCACACAGCUAUGGCCCAGGUUCUAGAAUUAUCCUUUCUUCUCCAGUGCAACCAGUACUCCAAAGUGUGAUGUUCCCUGUAUCUGUUGUUGGACAAAACAGCACUACCACCUUUCCUGUUUCAACUAAUCAGGUAUUUCAUGUCCCAGUUGGUUCCACUUUACCAACUACAGCAAAGUUGCCUAUACCAGCAAAACCGAGACAAAUAGCACUCAAAAGCUCUUCAGACACAAGAAAGUCCUCAAAUGUUGGAUCGGGAUCCGAGAAAUCUGCAAAUGUCAGUAGUAUACCAAAGCAAAGAUCUACUGUAAUGCAAACAUCAGGAACUGAGGAACAGCAGAAGCCCUCUGUAGUGCCAUCUGUUACGGUUUCAUCAGCAUCCAGCUCUAGUCUAAAAACAAGUCUAAGUCACAAAAGAGUUCUGUGUUUUGAUAACAUUUCAACAUCCAAAAGCUUAAACACUUCUGUAAGCAGCAGCCAAACAAGUGAAUCUAAAGCUUUAAUGGUGGAAGCCCCUUCAUUAACUGUGUCAUCAACAACUGUGGAGUCUGAAAAAACAUGUCAAAACAGUCAUUCCAUCCCUAAUAUUUCUGUGAAGAAAGAUCAGACCCAAAAAACAGGAACUGGAGGAGACUCAAGAACUACUGAACAAACCGGAAUAUCAGGAGGACAUCUAGGUAAAGCAAAGUUAUCAGAUGGGCAGGACCAAGUGAAUCAAAGAGAGAAAUUCUCAGCAUCUGAAAGUGUACACAAAAUAACAGUUCUUGAAUCCAAGAAUGACUCGGAUGUCAGAAAAUCAUGUGAUUCUGUUAGCAGUAAGGAUAGAUCUAAAGAUACUGAAUCACGAAGAGACCAGGAAAAAAGACGGAAAUCUACUUCUUCUGUAAAUAAGAAGAAUGAAACACCUGUACACACAGCAAAGACUGAUAUACAUCAAAAAGAUAAGUUCACCCCGUCUGAUCAUAAAGAGAAACACUCAGGAUCUGGAAAAGAUAUAGAUGAGAGAAGGAGGUCAGAAAUGGCAGAAAGUCGUGCAUCAAAAAGCAAAGAGGUGCGGACCGAUAAAAAGUCGUCCUUGGAAGAUGCUGCUAAUGUCACAGCAAAUAAAGAAAAUGAACUAGAGCCAGAGCAAAGCAAGCAGCGAGCCCAAGAAAAUGCUCCUACUAACUCACAAAAUGACAAACCUUCAGUUUCAUCCAAUAUUUCUUUGCAAGUUCCAGAGGAACAGAGGCUUAAAAUUCGUAGAGGCAAGGGUGUCAGUCCAUUAACCAAGCAGGCAGCUGAAAUUCUACAGGAUAUUCAGGGACAUGUGCCAGGUUCUCCUCCCUCAAAUAAGCUGAUAUUGAGUGGCUCAGAACUACCAAUACCACAGACUCCUGGCUCAGGUAAACAUAUAGAAGAUCCUUUAGACUGCCCAAAGACUCCUGUGCGACGGCGAAUAAACAAAGAAGGAGAACUUACACCCAGGCAUCUUCCACCACCUGCCACACCAGACUUGCCUACCUGUAGCCCAGUGAGUGAAACUGGAAGUGAGAACAGCAUCAACAUGGCUGCUCACACACUUAUGAUUCUGUCUCGAGCAGCUAUUGCUAGAACAGGCACUCCUUUGAAAGACAGUGUUCAGCAGACAGGAAAAAUAUCUCAAAACAACAAAAAUUUAGGCAAAAAGCGGAAGCUUAGUGAGGAACAGAAGAGUCCGCCAUCAAAAAAGGAUCAGCAGAGAUCUGUUUCACCUGCAAGGAAGAAGAAAACAAAAAAACAGAAGAAGCUAUUGGAUUCUUUCCCAGAUGGAAUGGAUGUGGACAAAUUCUUAUCUUCACUGCACUAUGAUGAGUGAGAAAAUGCCUUGAGCAGUGCAUGGAACACGCAAGACUGCAAAAACCUGCAGCAUAUAGGAUCAGCGAAUCGGCACGGAUGAUGGUGGGGGGAAAAAAAUCAGAUAGAAAAACAAAUAAACUUGUUUUUUUUUCUCUCUUUUCUCCAGAGGGUCUGCAGAGAGUGCAGGAUUCAUUCCAGGAAAAGCUUUCUUGGAGACAUAGGGAUUUGCCAUUACUUUAAAAUAAAUAUAUAUUGGAAAGAAUCGGUUUCAAAUAUGUUAGUAAAAAAUUGUGGCAGUAGAAGUGAUUGGACACUUCUUAGUCACCUCGUUCCUUCAUGCCAUCUCUAGUUUAUUUAUUUUUAAAGGGAGAAAUCUGUGUAAAGCUGCUUAAAUUCCCCCUCACUUUAAACUCUGAAAUGAACAAGUGAUUCAUUGUUUGUAAAGUGUAAAUAUACCAAUCUUAACAUAAUUUUAUUUUUCUCUUAUGUACAGCAAAUUCCUUAUUGAACUAAUUGAAUUUAAUUAACACUGAAAUGUUGCAUUAUAAUGAAAGUUGCUCAGCAAUGCUUUUCUUCAUUGUCAAUUAUUUAUUCAUUUAUGAUCCCAGUAUAAUCAGUCAUCACUUCUGUGGCUGACUGUGCUACAUGAAUAAAAUCAGUGUAAAACCAGUGCUAGAUUUUCCUGCCAACAACACUUAUUGAGAAUAAAUUAAAUUAAUAGUAUUUAUAAAUCAUUUAGCAUUUGUUGUUACCUGUCCAACCUUGUUUCUAUUUACUGGGGAUGAUCUGACGUUGCAAUAUAGUAAAUUUGGCAAAUCUUGGUCCAUUGUCCCUGGCAGAUUCAGUGCCUUGGUACAACACGCCAGUUGGACGUGGGUGAGACGCUUUACGGGAGGUAGAAUUACCUCCAUUCUCUUAGUACCUGCUGUGUUCAAUAGGUAACUAAGCUAAUAUGUACUUUAUUCAAGACUUGGUAUGUGUUAUUACGUUACAGUCUACGGAUACAGAUCUUGGCUGUAACUAUAAAUUUGUCCCCCAGUUUCUAUUUUUUUUUGGACAUUUGACUUAGUUAAAACAUUUCCCAAUUUUCAUAUUUGACAUUUGCACUCUGGUACUCCAACAGCUACCUGCAGUACAUUAUUUACUUUAGCUCAUUUCUACAUGCUUACUUGAGCCUUGAAGACUUUGUACUGUUUUUCUUUUGUUUCGCCACGUUUUCAUAAAAGUAAAUGGUGUGCCUUAAUGUACUUGGAAUGCAUUGCAUCUUUUUGUCACAUAUUCUACAUCUUUUAUUUCAUACUGCUGUUUUAAGUGGUGAGUGUCUCCUGAAAACCUCUGAAGCUUUGCAUUGAUUUGCAGACAAGUUUAGUUAAAAUAAAUUUUAUUCUUGUGAACCA